CAGGAGGACGCAGCCAGGAGAGCAGCAGCAGCAGCAGCAGCAGUAGCAGCUACCACCACCACCACAAACUACCACAACAGACAGGAAACAGUCGAAAUCAGAGAAGAACCAUGGCCUGUGCUGAUGCUGACAUGGAUAUCCAUGGAGAUGACACGGAGCCGAGCAGAGCCGACAGAGGAGAGCUGCCCGUGCUGCAACAUUACCAAGCGACAGAGCUCAUCCCAGAGGAAAAAGGGCCGCUGCAUGACCUGAUGCAGAAGCAGCCUGCUGUGUUGGGGUCUCUGCAGAUGUUGAGCGGUUUCCUCAGUGUCGGAGUGGGAAUUCUAUUUGCUUUAACCCAGGGGAUGAAUGAGUCCCUUUUCACUCUGUUCAGAGUUUCCCAUCUGACUGGAGCACUCUUCUUCAUUGCUGGAGUUGUUUCCACCCUGCUGCUCAAAUAUCCAGCAUUAGUGCCUCUGUCCUUUCGGGUUAACUGCGGCUGUAUUGCUGUGUCUGUGGCUGCAGCCUGUCUGAUAAGCGUUGACCUGGCUAACUGGAAUCCAGAAAAAGAAGCACAUUUGAGGAUGGAGGUGUUGGCACUUUGUGUGUUGGGGCUUGAGGUCUUCCUCUCUGCAGUCCUCUGCUUCUGGUUCUCUAAAGAGAAACGCGCCAAGUCACCAUGAUGUAUUUGAGAGGAAAUUUAAGAAUUUUAUGCUUUAAAUGAAAUGUUUGUAUGUAGAGGAAGUCAUGAAUUCAUGCUUAAAUUAAGUAAAACCACCGCACCAGCAAACUUCUUUUUUUUCUUCUGUACAUCAUGUGUGGCUUUCGGUUCUGUCUCAAUUGCCUAUGUUGGAGCUGAAACCCCUGCUGAACAGCCCGGGCUGUGGUCUGUGUCUGAUGUUUGACUCAGACUGAUAACACAAGACCUGUGGUCAAAAAAUGUCAGCUUCUCUCCUGUGAAGGAAACCCCAGUCCUCAUCCCCCUCAACCUCUGCGCCUCUUCGUGUAACGGCAGUAGUUGGCCUCGACAUGCAGCUCUGCCUCUCUCUCUGCAUGGGUCUGCGAGUGUGUGGUUUUACACUCAAGCUUUGUUUAUCUGUGGAAAUAUCGGCUACUUUUUUGUGCUUUUGAGUGUACUCACACUUUAAGCACGGUUCACGAACAGAAGUACUUACUGAACUGUGAAAUAGUUGUGUUUUACAGUCUUGCCUUUUGUUUGCAAGUAAUGCAGACAUUAGCCACUGGUGGAAAUACUUAAUUCCAUGUUCAACCAUACUGCGGCAAAGACGUGAAUACAACAAUAUGUUUUAAACAUUUUAAUCAUCUGUACAAACUUGUCAUAGCACAGGACUGGCGACAAAAGAAAUAUGACGGUAUAACAUCGUCUGUAUGGAUCUGCCUGCUAUCUUUUUUUUUUUGUUUGUUUUGUAAAAUACAUAAUAAAAAAAACUCAUCUACAAUAUAAACACUGAUUCAUUACUAGUUCAUUAAAACAAAUGUACAGGCCGCUGACGUACCAUCAUGACUGUGUGUAUUAUGUGUCAAUUUCCAAUUUACAGUAUCAUCGUGAAAUGUCAUAUAAUAGUUGAGCUUCAUCCAUUAAAGUCUCAGUGCUCUGAA